GCAAAACAGCAGCAGAAAAAGAAAGCAAACGCAAAAGCCAUACAAAACAAGAAAAUCAUUGCUCUGUUUCAUAUUAUAUUUGGCUAAUAUUCGUGUUCCGUGCAACAAAAAAAAAGUGUAAAUAACGCCCACGCGUGCACUACGACAUCUACAUACAAUUAGUUUCCACUGCAAUUCUGUUGACGUUGCCGUUGUUGUCAUCGUCUUGUGACUGUCGGGCAUAUUUAAAAAGAAAGUCGUAAAAAUAUAAAACUAGCUGGGAGGAGUAGUUGUCGUUGUUUCUUGGAGCCCCACACACAUCACACCACACACACACGCACACACCUACACACAGACAUACAUUCACGCACACACACACACACGGACUAGCCAACUGCAGGCAACACAACGCGCAGUGCGGAGAGAAGUCAGAAGUAUUGCAGCAGUGAGAAAGCAAAAAGACGAUAUGCAGGUCAAUGUCGCCGGACUACGCAGAAACAUCAAGAAUCUCGCGCACAACUAUUCCGAUGCACAGGUCAAGGUGCGCGAGGCUACUUCCAAUGAUCCAUGGGGGCCGUCGGCCACAAUUAUGGCUGAAAUAGCCGAUCUAACGUACAAUGUGGUUGCCUUCUCGGAGAUAAUGCAAAUGAUAUGGAAACGUCUCAACGAUCACGGCAAGAACUGGCGUCAUGUCUACAAGGCGUUGAUAUUGCUCGAGUAUCUGAUUAAGACGGGCACCGAAAAGGUCGCCCAGCAAUGCAAGGAGAAUAUUUUUGCCAUACAAACGCUGCGCGAGUUUGUCUACUUCGAGGAGGGCAAGGAUCAGGGCACCCAUGUGCGCGAGAAGGCCAAACAGCUGGUCAAUCUGCUCAAGGACGACGAGCGUCUCAGGAAUGAGCGCGUCAAGGCGCUGAAAGCCAAAGAGCGUUUCGCACUGCAUCCGAGCGGCUUUGGCAGCGAUGGCUACAUCGACGGGCCCUCGCAGCGCGACAUGCCGCCGGGCUGGCAGGAGGAGCCGCCCAAAAACGCCUCCGAGCUGGAAAUGGUGCGGCCGCAAACCGCUGGCGAGGAGGAGCUACAGCUGCAGCUGGCCAUGGCCAUGUCGCGCGAGGAGGCUGAGCAGGAGGAGGCCAAGCGGCGCAGCGACGAUGUGCGUCUCCAACUAGCGCUCAGCCAGAGCGAACAGGACUUCAAACCCUGCCUCGACAGGGACUCCAGUGGACGACCCAUAGCGGCGCCCAAAAAAGAGGAGCAACAGAGCCAUUUGCUGGACCUGCUGGACAUCUCGCUGGGCGCGACCAGCAUUUCAAGUCCACCCUUGGGCGCUGCAGGCGGUGCUCCCGCUGCUGUUGUCGAUCCCUGGGCAACGCCGUCUAGCCGUGCAGCUAGUCAACUGUCGGAUCCGUGGGCAGGCGCCGCCUCGCCGCAUGUAGAUCCCUGGCAUCCCUCGGCCGCGCCGCGUACUAUUAUGAGCGCCGGUGUGCCGCUGGGCGCAGCUGCUGCACAGGCUCAGCCUUUGGCCGCACCAGGCGAUGCCUGGGGUCUGCGUACACAGUCGCCAUCCGUGGCAUCGGGCUCCUCCAACGAGGGCUGGCUGCAAACCAACGGCAAUGCCAGCCAAAAUGGUCGUAUGCCCGCUCCAGCGCCCGUCGAUGCCUGGCUGACGAAAUCAACAGCCAGCGCCGCCCUGGCAGCACCUCCUACAAAAUACGCAGCCAGCAAUGGCAGCUCAGCCGAUCCUUGGCUCGCGGAAGCGCAGCCAGCAGCCAGCGCAGCAGCAGCGGCAGCCGCACCGGCAGAUCCCUGGGCAGCAGCGCAGCCGAGCUCGGGAGCGCUAGAUGAUCCCUGGAAGGCAAUGCAAACAGGCGCCAUCAAGAAACAAUCGCCCGACUUUGAUGAGUUCGAUUUGAUAACCAAUCGCAAUAAAAGCGCCGAGCAGAACAAUUCCAACAAUGCCUCCAAUAACAACAACAAUGCUUCGCUGCUGGACGAUAUGGAUCCGCUUUCGACGAAUUACGGCAACAGCGGCGGCGGCUCGGUGCAUCCGUCGACGGGUGCCACCACCAAGAAGCCCUAUCGCGAUCCGCUUGCAUUCCUCGGCGAAAAUUCGGCGUUGGUUAAUUUGGAUAAUUUAAUUAAGCCAAAUACGCCGCAGACACAGUCCGGCCUUGUGCCAGCCUACAAUCCGUUUGCGGACAAUGUGAUGCCACCCAAAACGAAUCUAUUCCAGCAGCAGCAGCCAGCCGUGCCGUCCAUCAAUCAAUUGAAACAGCAGCCGCCCUUCCCCGUCAACAUGAAUCAGGAUCCCUGGGCGCCGGCCAGCGGCGGCGUCAGUGCAGCCUCUCAGCCGAGCUACAACAAUCCGCCGAGCGAGAACAACAACAUUUAUAGCUAUGGCAUCAGCCAGAGCUACAAUAAUAGUCCGUCCAUUGACAACAUACGCAACCUGGAUAUCAUGAGUGAGGCGCAGCCACAGCCGCUUUCCUAUUUCCCCAGCCCCACGGCGCCCGCUGGCCCGUAUAGCAACUGCAGCACUCCGGGCUAUUCCACCUACACGCAGUGCUACAGCAGCGCCCUGUCCGAUUCCCUGGCCGAUACGCCGGGCAUCAGCAUUUCUCCAUUGGGCUACGAUAGCAACGUUGCGGCAACUCCAACUGGCAGCUUCUAUGGCAAUUCCAGCGCAGCCGCUGGCCACUACUGCAAACUGGAACAAAACAACAACAUGCCGUGGAUAAAACCGGAGGCGGCAGCUACAAAUCCGUUUUUGUCAUAAGGAGUCAAUCAAUCAACCAAUCAAUCAGCAGCAGCAGCUAAAAAUAACAAACAACAGCAACAACAACAA